AUUGCAGCAAUUGCAGACGUUUACAAGAAUGAAGGUAACGAUGAGUACAACAAGAAGAAUUUCAGCUGCGCCGUUAACUACUACACAGAGGGCAUUAAAGUGAACUGCAAGGAUAAAGAACUGAACGCCAAACUGUACAGCAACAGGGCGGCAGCACUUUUUAAUUUGGGUAAGAAGUUGCUAUUGGUUGCCUUAAACAUCUUUCUGAGACUUUUUAUGUGGUGGUUUUGUACUCGGCGAUGAUUUAAUGCUAGGUAAGUCAGCUAUAGGAGACAUCACAUGGUUAUGUUUGUAAACACUGUUUUUGAUAUACUAAUGUGUAACGAGUGAAACUCCUGGUUGGCACAUAAAUAUCAAUAGGUAAUAUAGAACGUUUUCACUCACGUGGCCAACAUCUAUCACCUAUGCAAAUUUAUUGGAACAAAAGAAAGCGUUUUUUAAUACAUAAGAAAAGAGUCCAGCUACCACAGGAUUUGUUUGGGACACCAACAUGGCCGCUGUUUCAUUGUUUUGGAACGCAAAUAUGGCCGCCGUGACGACAUGUGAAAACGCUCUUUCAAUUAUGUAUACAUACGCACUUGGAUAGGGCAAAAGUCGGAAAAAAAUGUGUUCUGCAGAGUAACGUUACAUGAUCUGAAAUGGGAAAACAUGAUACAAACUAAAAAGAUGUGUUACUUCGUCAUCUUCAUGCUAUGCUCUGUGUUUCGGGUGUGUAACGUUUUUGAAUGCAUUAUCUCUUUCGCAGGGAGUUACACCGAAGCACUGAAUGAUGCAAAAAUGGCCGUGGAAAUGCAACCAUCUUUUCUAAAAGCUUUUGUGCGGGGUAGGUUAACUUUGCAUAUACCCUUUGACAACAUUUUUUUUCCCGAAGAAAAUCAGCCGGUGCGUGAAUAUUUGAAAACUUUCCUUGCGUUAACUGGCAGUCUGUCGUUUAAUAUAACACAUAUAGAUCAAUUUAUCGUUGCUUUCUUAGCCCAAAUGCAUUGUAGUUGAGCAGUUGUUUUUUUCUUUUUCAGGUGCAAGUGCUUGCGUUCAGUUGGAUAAAUUUAACGAAGCCAUUACCUGGUGUGAUAAGGGAUUAGCAGUAUCCUUUUUUAGAGUUUAGGAUCGAAUUGUUCAAAGGGCGAUCAUGAUCAGCCCGUUAGUUAAUAUCACUACUCAAAUGCUCUGUUCACAUUUAACCCUGGAUUAACGCUAAUAAGAAUUCGACUUUUAAAUAAUGCUGUUUCAGGUAACGGUCUUUUUCCCGUACCCGAUAUAACUUGGUGCUGCUUUUUCUAGUUCAUGCAGUAUGUUUCCAAUCAAAUAGACAAAACUGCCGGUAUAUCCACUCUUCACAAUUCUACAAAAUAGCAAUCUUAAUUGAAUAUUAGUCUUUGCUGUGCAGUAAGUUCUCUCAAUGCACUAAACGUAGCCUUGUAAUAUUCUUGUUUAUAUCAAAUAAUUAACAUUUUAACUACUACAAGACUGACCCAAAGAACCGAAAGUUGUUGGAAUUACGGAAAAGGGCUGCGAGAGGACAAAAUAGGCUGAAAGACAAUCUUGGAGAAAAGGUAAGGGUGAAAAAAUGCUUUAAUUACGUACCAGUGGAGGCUCAGUGCUAUUGAAUGUGCCAAAUUGAAGGAGUUCGUAGUUCGCCAUACAAGAGACUACAAAGCAGACACCUAUAGUUGCUCUCUUAGCCUAGAUGUACAAAGAAUUAACGUAAAAUCAAACUCCGUCGUUCACCCUCACAUAAUUAAAGAACCCUUACAAAUUCUAAGUCUGUUAUUUUCAAUCAACUUUGGGAUUUGUAAAUAAGCAGCCCAUGUCAAUACGGUAGGCAUACAUAUAUAACGCUCGGGUGCGUAUAUCAUUCUUAGUUUAAAUGCAAUUCAAGAGAAAUUUUUUAAAAAAAUUUGAAAUGAGCAUAUUUGCUCAAGAAAUGAAAUUUGGAUUUCCCAGUUUCCAACUCCAUUGUGCUGAGAGCAAAAAAAUGGUGGGGCACUGAUCUCCACAUUUUGACACCUUCUGUCAUCUAUAACUGAACAAACCCGGGAAACAGGCAAAAAGGAAUCUGUUUGUUGGUCAUGGAAAGACCAGCCUGUAAGCAGAGCCUCCUUUGUCUUCUACCUGGUCGAGGAGAGGAAAAGGAGGAUUUGCCGGAAUAGCGUCGAUUCUUUGAAGUCGCCGCAGCCCAACUUUUUGACUAGCCAACCUUGUUUUCUCUCGUCAAACUGGCUUGUUUGAAUGUGAUCAUCCGUUCAUUGAUAAAUCGAUGGUCGUAACUGAUCCCACAAUACCAAGCGCACGGCUAUUAGUCCUGGGCUGGAAAAUGUAUCUUAGCAACAUUCAGGGCACGCUCAACAAAGAUCAUACUCGAUGCAUGAAGAGCCUUUCUCAUCCUCGGAGACCCAGAGGUUAAUUUCUAACAUAAAUUUUCCUCGGAUUUUACUUGUUUUUUGGUUGCUAAUACUGGUUAAAUACCGUGCGAGCAGAUGUUUCUCCUUUCAUGAAGUCGUUCGGGUCGCUUGUAGUUGUUUCAUUUUAUACGCCCCGGGUUUAAAGCAGUGCAACAAUAUCUCAAAUGCAAUGUGUUUUCUUUCAUCAAAAACUCUAAUUCCACAGUUCACAGUUACCAAUAUUCCGUUCAUGUUACCACUGAAAUAAUUGGUCGUUUCAGGGCUACCAACCAAGCCAUUCAAAUCCUCUUGUGAUCGAACUCAAAGAAUAGGCUCUGUGGCUGGAAUCAACAAAUAAUAUGCUACAAGUCGGUGAUUAAACUCAGGAUGAUCACAUGAGGACAUCUAGCUAACAUGACCUAAAGUGAGAUAUUUACUGAAUUUUGCUAAAUGUCUUUAAGAUCUGUUGUUGAUUUUUUCUCUCUUUCAGCAAUUUAGAAAAUUGUUGCCCCUGCAUCCAUUAAGACACCUUUUAGUCGAAAAAGGGUAGAAAUAGGCAGAAAUUUGAAACUGAACAAAACUAAAAAGCUACAUAAGACGUGUUCAUACAUUUUACGCGUUUUUUUCACAGUAUCCUCGCACGAAGGAUGACAAUUUUGGCAUCACCCUUCAUGGCGGACUGACAAGUUUGAAAACAACCAUAGAGUACCAUGAAAGUGACCUGAAAAUUGCUCAGGAAAUGAAUCAUAGAUGGAAGGAAGGAGCUACGUGUUCCAAUCUUGGCACCACCCACCACAGUCUAGGAGAUUUCAAGAAGGCCAUACACUACCAUCAACGGCACCUAAAGAUUGCGAAAGAACUGGGCGACAGAUGGGGAGAGCAGGUGGCAUAUUGCAAUCUUGGCCACGCCCAUCACUGUUUAGGAGAUUUUAAAACAACCAUAGAGUACCUUGACCGUGGUCUGAAAAUUGCGAAAGCCUUGGGUGACAGAUUGGGAGAAGCAGCAGCGUACGGCAAUCUUGGCAUGACCCAUCAGAGUCUGGGGAAUUUUAAAACAGCCAUAGACUACCAUGAAAGUCACCUGAAAAUUGCGAAAGACCUUGGUGACAAAUCUGGAGAAGGAAGAGCGUAUUGCAAUCUUGGCAUCGGCCAUCGCAGCCUGGGAGAUUUUAAAACAGCCAUAGACUACUAUGAUAGUCAUCUUAAAAUUGCAAAAGAAAUGGGUGACCAAUCGGGAGAAGGAGCGGCGUAUGCAAAUCUUGGCAUCGCUCAUCGCUGUCUGGGAGAUUUUAAGAAAACUAUAGACUACCACGAACGCGACCUGAAAAUUGCGAAAGAGUUGUGUGACAGACUGGCAGAAGGAAGAGCGUAUGGCAAUCUUGGCAACGCCCAUCUUAGUCUGGGAGAUUUUGAAACAGCCUUAUAUUACCAUGAAAGGCAUAUGAAAAUUGCGAAGGAAUUGGAGAACCGAUCAGGAGAAGGGACAGCCUAUAGCAAUAUUGGCAACUCUUAUAGAGGUCUGGGAGAUUUUAAGACAGCCAUAGACUACUACGAGCGUGACCUGAAAAUUGCCAAAGAAUUGGGUGACAAAUCUGGAGAAGGAAGAGCGUGUGGCAAUCUUGGUAGCGCCCAUAGUAGUCUAGGAGAUUUGGAAGCAGCCGUAAACUUUCAUGAACGUUGCCUAAAAAUUGCUAAAGAAUUGGGUGACAGAUCGGGAGAGGGAGCGGCUUAUGGCAAUCUUGGUAACGACAUUCUCAGCCUUGGAGAUUUUAAAACAGCCAAAGAAUACUUUGAACGUCAACGGCAGAUUUCAAGAGAAUCAGGUGAGACAUUGGGAGAAGGAAUAGCGUGUUGGAAUCUUGGUUACUAUUAUGAAUGUCUAGGCCAACUUUCAUUGGCUAUUGAGUAUUACCAACUUAGUGUUUCUUUGGUAAAUAAUAUCAGAGAUCGUCUUCAACUGAACGACGAGUGGAAAAUAAGCAAGGGAUCGAUACCAAACAAUAUACGCUGCGCUUUGGCGCUUGAUGUUAGCCGAAGGCAAGGUUGCGGAAGCUUUGUUUUCUGCUGA